GAAUUCUCCCCCCUUCCCCACAAGCCGGCAUCUGGUGGCACUAUUGUUAAUAAACAACAAUUUGUCAUUAACCUGACGGAUAUAUUUGCUGAUGUUUACACUAAUUUUGUUUACUAAAAUUGACUAUUAUAUAAUACGGAUAUUUUGAGGGAAUAUGGACGAGCCAAAAUCAGAAGAAAAGUCUCCGCUGCUGCUGUAUAUGGUUGAAAACGACGGAAAUGUUUCAAAGAAUAAUAAAAGAGUGAACUUCGACAAAGGAAGGCUGUAUGGAAUCUCAUCGGGGGCGACGGCAGUGUUUACCGAUUUCCCAAAUUACAUUAGUCCUUGUUGGAUGACGGCCCUCAUAUCGUUCCUGGUGCUAUUUAUGAUGAUGUUACUGAUGAUUUCCACUAUGGGUACCUCAAGCAUUACUCUGCGAAUACCAAGAUGCCUACACAGUAAUACAGAUCAUCAUCUAGACAAUGCCACAAUCCAUUUAGUUCACCCUAUAAGCAAUUGGAGCCAGGACCAGUUAGAAGUUUUGGAAAAAAUUAAACAAGAAUAUGGAGGAUUCCUUAUUAAACUUACUUUGAUUCAUCCUGAACCAAGCAAACUAAAGAACGUCACAAAUUUGUCAAAUAGUUCUCAAACAACCAAAUUUGCACCUUUACAAAACUCUUCCUCGCUAAAGCUUUCUCAUGAGGCUCUCGAAAUAAAAAGAGCCAAAAGAGCGAAUAAAUUGAUGAAAAGACGCAAACGCACGGUUGACUUUCCCCCACUUGGAAUCAGUUUUGGCAUGAAGGGCCUUUUAGACAUGCUGCUAAAAGGAGGAAUUAUGGGGAGACGUCAGAAACGAAUUGUCGAAGAGAAAACGAAUGACACAAAUGAAAUCAACACUAUACUAAAAUUCACCGAAAUGAGUACUGUGGUAACAACUCCUAAACUGAAAACCUUAGAUGAUAUAAUCUGCGAUUGGCCAGGUGUAGUAGUAACAAACUUAACCUAUAAACAAUUAUUUGAAAGUACACCUCUGAGCAACACCUGGUCGAAACUCAGCUCUGAACUGGCAGAUUUUGCCAUUAGAGUGAUUCAGCUCUGGCAACACGGAGGCCUCAGCUUUAAGAUUGACAGCAUUAGAAAUGGCUCACAACUUCAGUGGGAUGAUAUUGAAGACUUUUCCGUGACGCCCGGAACGUCUUUAUCAACAAUGGAACCCAUUGAAUUCCUGCCUUUCCCCGGGGAACCCUCUGCCAAGGACAAAUUGGAAAAUUUCAUCAUGCAAGGAAGGCGGUCUUUCGAGAGCUUACGCAGAGAGGUUGUAACGGCAGAUGACGAAGGACUGCACAUAUUCGCCAAGACUCCUUGUCACGUGUUUUUCGGGCAAGUUUUAGUCAAUUUAAGGCGGUGCAAAGGGAAUGAAUCUCCUAGGAACAUUAUACAGAAGUCGCUGCGGAUAUUUUGUAAACACUCGGCUGUGGGCAACGGAUAUUGUAAAAAUUUGGAGGGAGUUAAUCAAAGGGUUUGAAUGGGUGGUUAUACUUUUAAUUGUAUUAUAUUUUUUAAUAUAAUUUCUACUUGA